UGAAUGAUCCGGCCCAUUUGGUGAUGGCAUGAAAAACCCUAAGAGAACCUGAAAUUGAAUUCUGAAGAAACACAUAUUGUUUUGACACUCUGGAAGAGGGAAUCAUACCGAUACAAUGGCGUACGCUGCAAUGAAGCCCACUAAACCCGGUUUGGAGGACACUGAGGAACAGAUCCAUAAGAUCAGGAUCACCCUUUCCUCUAAGAACGUCAAGAAUCUCGAAAAGGUUUGCGCCGACCUUGUUCGUGGCGCCAGGGACAAGCGCCUCAGGGUCAAGGGACCUGUUAGGAUGCCAACCAAAGUUCUUCACAUCACCACCAGGAAAUCCCCGUGCGGUGAAGGCACCAACACAUGGGACAGAUUUGAGCUGCGUGUUCACAAGAGGGUCAUUGACCUCUACAGUUCCCCAGAUGUGGUCAAGCAGAUUACCUCAAUCACAAUUGAACCCGGUGUAGAGGUUGAGGUGACCAUUGCCGAUGCUUGAUUUUGGCCCAAUUUUUGAUAGUUUAUUUUGUAAUUUAUUCUCUUCUCUUGCCUAGGAGUAUGUCCAGUCCUAUUCAUUUUGGUUAAUGCAUUUUUGCCGAUGAAAUUUUUGAAGUUGGAUUGGUGUGUAGGGGGAAUGGAUUUGAUCGAUUAUCUUUAUGUUCCGAAAUAUUUUCCUUUAAAUGA